CCUCCCAGAAUACUUACAAAGCAUCAAAAGAGGAAACAAAUGAACAGCUAUCAAGUGAGGAUUGCUUAACUGGAAUGAUCUACAUGGGUAACCUAGACCGGACCAGGUUUUCUGCUGCUCCUCUGUGGGAUAGACUACAGCACAUCCUCUCCCUGGACAUCUCUCUGUCCAGACUGCAUGGAAUUGGACUUGGACUAUUGCCCACAGGAGAGCACAUCCUGGCGUCAUAGCCUGGGGCCACAGAUCAACACUUUAGGCCUGACACUGCUGGGAGGAGCUUCACAUCCUCACCACCCACCCUUUACUGAAGUUGGAGCUAUGAAUGAUGUGACCACUCAGCCUGGGAUCAGAGUAUCACCUGGACAAGAAGCUUCCCGUGAGGGCAUGACUCUGCAGUCUGAUCUAGUUGAGAUGACACCAAUGAUCAGCACUUUUUCUCUGAAAUCGCUUCCUGGUACAAACAUACAGGAUGGAGACACUGAAGCUGUAGUGAAAACGGAGACAGGUGUAGAAGCACAGACCACAAACUCAAUCAACAGAGAAAAAGACAAGCCAAAAGGUGGCAAAAAAGAAAUGAUUCAAGGUGAAGUUAAACAACCACAUCCUCUCUUUCUCACUGGAAAUGAGCAGAUUUCAAAUUCACAGCUUGACAUAUUAAAGACAGUGACCCGGUCAUGGAGCACCAAAGGAAGCAUCACAACCAGGAUGCCUUCUGACUACACUCUUGAAACUGCUCAGCAGCAGAGACAGGUUCCUGAGCUUUUCAGUGCAGCCAAGGAGGGAUCCUCCACCACAGGGUCAGGGUUUGUUGCUUCCAGCAGGUACCCUUUGUCUGAGGAGGAAGGUGUUAGAGAAGUGAGACAGGAGGCAUCACCACCUCUGUUUUCACCUCCAGUUUUAACAGCUACAGUUUCAGUUACCGGUUGUAGAACAACAGAUGAAACUGUAUCACUCAAGGGAGCAGCAACAGAGGACUUUGCUGCUCCUCAUCAAGAUCCAGCCCCAAACAGGCCUGUUUUAACUCCAAUGCUGCAAAGUGGUGAAGUGCUAAGUAACAGGGACAUGGUGGUGGAGAUGGGUAAUGUUUCAGCUAGUGAGAUAAAAGAUGAAAUGGAAGACAGUUUGGAAACUGUUUCACCCACAACAGAAACAUCACCAAAAGAGCAAUUUCCUGGUGGAGAAGAGGAGAGAUGCAGAAAGGCUGAUGAUUAUGAGAUAGAUUUAAGGGUAGAGGAGAAUGCUGGAAGAGACAGAGAGAUGGAAAAACAAGGUCCUGAUGAUGAGACUGAGGAAUAUACUCAGUCUUCACUUGACUGGAAAUCCCAGGUCAGCUCUGAAGAAACCACAGUCCAAACAGAGACUGACUCUCCACAGCAGAGUGUCAAAGCAGGCAGGCAGCCACUUACUAACACAGACAGACGUCAUGGGGCAGAUCUAAGACCUGGCAUCACAGGUCAAAGGGGACCCCAGGGUCCCCCUGGACUACCUGGACCACUUGGACCACCUGGACCACCUGGACCACCAGGACCUAAAGGAGACAAAGGCUAUCAAGGUGUUUUGGGCAGGACUGGGUGGCCUGGAUACAGAGGGCCAACUGGUCCCGCUGGAAUGCCUGCUAUUGUGGUAUUUAAAACCUCUGAAGAAGAGUGGGAGGCAUUCAAGAAAAGUGAAAUUUACCAAACGCUGAUGUCUUCCUGGCCAAAACUGAAGGGGCCCAUGGGGCCUCCUGGACCUCCUGGAGAUGAUGGGCCAGUUGGACCACUUGGAAUUACUGGAAACCAAGGACAGAAAGGAGUUCAAGGGGAAAUUGGCAGUCCUGGACCACAAGGUAUUCCAGGUCCUCAGGGCCGACCUGGGAGAGAUGGGACACCAGGAGAGGACGCUGACCCAGGUCUGCCAGGUUUACCUGGCAAACAGGGUCCCAAAGGCUACAGAGGAGAGAAGGGUAACAAAGGGGAGCUGGGUGAGUGGGGUUAUCAGGGGGAGGCUGGACCACAGGGAGACAGAGGGCGAAAAGGAAACAAGGGAAAUAAAGGUGUCAGAGGCCUUGUUGGGCUCCCUGGCUACAUAGGAGUGGCCGGAGCCAGGGGUCCUUCUGGUUUUCCAGGACCAUCAGGACCUCUGGGAGAGAUUGGAUCUCCAGGCUUUAGUGGACCACCAGGCCCACCUGGCAAACUGGGCCCCAGAGGACUUAAAGGUGUCUUAGGAGUUAAAGGACCCCCAGGUCAUCAAGGUGAACUGGGUGCCAGAGGAGCUGUUGGACCACAGGGAGAGUCAGGUCCUGAUGGAACAAUUGGAUCUCCUGGCGUCCGUGGCCCCCAGGGAGAGCGAGGACCAGAUGGACCUUCAGGUCCUAAAGGUGACGCUGGUGAGACAGGAAUUGAAGGAGAAAUAGGAGAACCAGGACCACCUGGACUUAAUGGAGCCAAUGGGAAUCCAGGAAAGCCUGGACCCUCAGGUGAUCCCGGGGCUAAAGCCAGGCGUGGUGACAUGGGUAAUCCAGGGUUUAAAGGAGACCUGGGACCUCCAGGGCCACCAGGUAAACAAGGGUUCAAGGGGCGUAGAGGCCCAUCAGGAUUUGAGGGGCUAGUAGGACCACCUGGACUUGAGGGCGCUCUUGGACACAAUGGCUUUGAUGGCAUCAUGGGGGAACAAGGGAAGCAGGGAAAAGAUGGACCAAAGGGACAUCGUGGACCAACUGGUAUACAGGGAGUUCCUGGGCCUCGAGGCAACAAGGGUCGAAAAGGUCGAGCAGGAUUUUCUGGAUUGCCUGGUCCUUGUGGAGAGAUGGGAAAAUCCGGAGAGAGGGGCCUUGAAGGAGACCCUGGUAUUAAGGGAAGGUCUGGAGCCCCUGGGGUGAGUGGACCUAAGGGCUUGAAGGGAAUUCAAGGUCAUAUGGGAAACAGGGGACAAGAUGGAGCUCUUGGAGCCCUGGGACGCACUGGUGCAAAUGGGAUGAAUGGGGACACUGGAUAUCCAGGACCUAAAGGAUUACCUGGAAAAACAGGACGUCCUGGCUUCCAAGGACCUGUAGGGAAGAAUGGAAAAGCUGGCAGCAGAGGAAUGAAGGGGACACCAGGAAAACCAGGCCAAAGAGGAGUUAAAGGUGAAGUAGGCCCCUGUGGACUUCCAGGAAGUGAAGGAUUAAAGGGUAAAAUAGGUGAUGAAGGACCAAUGGGAAAACAAGGCGCUCCGGGUGAGAUGGGCAUGCCUGGACCACGUGGAUACACAGGGCCUCCUGGUAUCCAGGGUAACACUGGGCAAAGCGGAGAGGUUGGACCUCGUGGCCUUCCAGGUGACCAGGGUCCACAAGGUCCAAUUGGCCCACGUGGAGUUACAGGUUACCCAGGUAGAGAUGGAACCCAAGGACCAAAUGGAUCAGCUGGAGUCAAAGGAGAUAAGGGCUCAGCGGGGGCUUUGGGGCCAGAGGGAAUUGUUGGUCUCGAUGGUGAGGAGGGACCAAUCGGACUGAGGGGACCUGAGGGGCCAGCUGGACAAAAAGGCAUAACUGGUGAUAAGGGGAACGCUGGACCUCCUGGACUUAAAGGACCAAAGGGAACUGAAGGAGACACUGGUAAUCAAGGGCCACAGGGAAUAAAGGGGCCACCAGGGAAACAGGGAUACAGUGGUGCACCAGGAGACAGAGGGAAACAGGGGGUUCCAGGGCUCAAGGGUGAGCCAGGCACCAGAGGUACAUCAGGCAUGCCUGGGCAGUUCGGACCAGGGGGCAACACUGGGGCAACAGGAGUCAAAGGCCAGAAAGGUUUCCAGGGACAAACUGGCCCCCCUGGUAAAAUAGGUCCUCCUGGACAAAUUGGAACAUCAACACCAGGUUUGCCAGGCAACAGGGGUAUUGAUGGCAAAACCGGAAUUCCUGGACCAAAGGGCAGCCCUGGUGAGAAGGGCACAUCCGGCCUAUCUGGCAUCAAAGGAAACAUGGGGAUAAGAGGUCGAAAAGGUGCAAAAGGGGAGCCUGGGGCACAAGGACCACUGGGUACAGUGGGAAAGAUGGGGUUCACAGGCUCUCCAGGUGCUAAAGGUCCACCUGGGCCUGUUGGUCCUCCUGGUCUUCCAGGAGCUAAAGGAAUUCAGGGACCAAAGGGAAAAAGAGGCCAGUCUGGAAGGAAAGGGGACAAAGGAGCCCCUGGAAAAACUGGAGCUGAGGGCCCACUGGGGAGGCCAGGACCACCCGGGAAACCUGGAACACCCGGCCUGAGUGGUUUGGAUGGGUUACUGGGAGUCAGGGGUAAUGAGGGAGAUCCGGGUGAUGUUGGUGUCAGAGGAGCACCUGGAACACCUGGAAGGCCUGGCAAUAUGGGAAAACCUGGGCCUCCUGGGAUUAGGGGAAACACUGGACCAAAAGGGUUUAAGGGUAAAACCAGAUCGAAAGGAGUGCAUGGACCUCCUGGACCGAUUGGGCCAAAGGGCAUUCAAGGACUGAGAGGAGAGAAAGGUGAAUCUGGAAGUCUUGGUACAAAGGGUCUCUCCGGUGACACAGGGAUACCAGGACCAGUUGGGCCACCAGGGCUAAAGGGAAAUCCUGGUUUGCAGGGGCUGAAAGGGCAACUUGGUCCUAAAGGAAAGCAGGGGGAUGCUGGUAGCCGUGGUCCACCUGGGCAAAAAGGCUUCCCUGGACCACCUGGCCAGCAUGGAAAAAAGGGAAUGAAAGGUAUCCAAGGCAGGAGUGGACCAAAGGGAGUGAAGGGAAGGCGUGGGCCUCCAGGAAAACCAGGUGCACCAGGCAGGCUUACACAAAGACAAAGCUCCAAACCAGGUCAAAGAAUUGACAGACAAACACCCAGCCUCAAAAAGCAAAGAGAAGAACAACAAAAACAGCCCAGGCCAGUGUCCAGCAUAUGGUCUCAAGGAGCUGAGGCUGAGGAAUCCUUCAGUUGGCCCCAAGGAACCAAAGAUGAUCCUGCCACCACCUGCUAUGAGCUAGGGCUCAUACACCCACAUCUGAAGGAUGGUGAGGGAUACUUUUAUAUGGACCCCAACCAAGGCUGUCCCUGUGAUGCUGUGAAGGUGUUCUGUAACUUCACAGCAGGAGGAACAACCUGUAUUAAUCCUUUAAAGUCACAGAUUACAUUUAGAUGGGAACCAGAAAAACACAAAUCAAAGUCUGCCUACUGGUUCAGUCAGCAACAUGGUGGAGACAAAUUUGAGUACCCUGGUGUGGAUGUUGUACAGCUGAGGUUUCUGCGGUUCCACAGCCACACGUCUUUCCAGAGCAUGACUGUGAGCUGCACAGAAAACCACUCCAGUACUGCUCACACAACUGAAUCAGCCAACAGGAUUAUUCACUUCCUGGGAGACGCUGGCAAAGAAAUUGAUUCAGACUUUAUCAGUGUGUCCAGAAAAGGGUGUGAGAAGGAGAUGGUUGUGAGGGUCCGGGGGAGCACGGAGUUACAUCGAGGUGAUAUGGAGUUACUUCCUGUCAGAGACCUGGGUGUAGAUGUAAAGGGAGUAACUCCUCUCAUCCCUGAGAUCACAGUUGUUUUGGGACCCCUCUGCUUCUUGUGACCUAUGAGUAGUGUGUGUGUGCGCCUUUGUAUUACUUACAUUAUGGGGACCAAAACUUGUUAACACA